AUGGCAGGGCAAGCUGGGGGGUAUUCCCUGAUGGGUUUCACCAAAAAGGAUGCCUAUAACUAUAUCGAGAAGACUAAGCGGGAGAAGAUUGUUGAUGGCGACGGUAAUGCCGCAAUAAUUUAUUUAGAGAAAAAAGCGGUGUCGGAUCUGAUGUGCAUGGCUAGGUACAGUUUGACAGACAACAAUAUGUUAGGAACUUGUUUUAGGCUGACGGUGGGAGCCGGAUUGAUUACCAAUACUUUGGUAAUGUGCAACAAAAAGCCAUUAGUGAUAGUGACAGACGGGUGUGACUCAAUGAGGGCAGCAAUCAAGGCAAUGUUUUCGGAGGCCACACAUAGGUUGUGUGCAUGGCAUGUAGAGAAGAACGUCACUUCAAAUGUGAAGGAUGAAGGGUUAAGACAACUUUUCACUAGGUGGCUGUACUCGAAUAUGGAGAUAGAAGAGUUUGAGGCAGGGUGGGAUGCAGCUGUUGAAGAAUAUCGACUUCAUGAUAGUUUUUGGGUGAAGGAAACUUAUGAUAAGAGGAGAAUGUGGGCAAAUGCAUACUUAAAAGACAAAUUCUGUGUCGGGUUCUGCACAACUUUUCGAUGUGAAGAGAUUAAUGCGAAUGUCAAAAAGUUUCUUAAUUUAAGGCACAAUAUUCUUGAGCUGGUGCAGAAUGUUGAGUUGAUGUUAAUUUUGGACGUGAGGAGGGAAAUCAAAGGUGUCGAUACAGUUAACUUUGCCGCAAAGGUUCGACAGUCCAUGAUUAUGGUGUACACAUUUAAAGAAUACGGCAUUCCAGGUAGGCAACUAAUGCAUGAGCAUGCGAUGGAAAUUUUAUCAAGAUUGGUGUUGAAAAGGUGGCGUAAGGACGCUAAAUCAUUGGAUAACUAUAGUGAAGGAAGAGUUGAUGAGUAA